AUGUCAACAACCACACAUUUUAACGUCAUUGAGCACCGCGCUCCAUGUUCACACAUUCGCGAGUACGCCCGGGCCACCUCGUGUCUCGAUGAGGAUGAGUUGUAUCUCGCUGUCAAACAGUAUGUGCCACGUGUGAAGGUAUCUGGAGACCGCCAGCGCGGCACCGGCAUCACACUCAUAGCCUGUCAUGCAAAUGCCUUUCCAAAAGAGCUUUACGAACCUUUCUGGGACGCUUUGUAUGAGUACAUGCAAAAGGCUGAGAAAACACACAUCUUGAGCAUUUGGAUUGCAGAUGUUGCAAACCAAGGCCAGAGUGGGAUCUGGAAUGAAGGGAAGCUGGGCAAUGAGCCCUCAUGGUUCGACCAUGCCCGUGAUAUUCUCGCCAUGGUGAAUCACUUUCGUAAAGAUAUGAUACAGCCCAUUGUUGGCUUUGGUCACAGCAUGGGAGGAGUUGUUCUUCUCAACGCUGCUUUGAUACAUCCAAGACUUUUUACUACUCUGGUCACCUUUGAAGCCACUGUUUUCAAAAAUCCACGUCAACAUACCAGCCUCGGCGCCAACCCCAUCACUUUUCGAAAGGACCAGUGGCCCUCGCGCGAGGCCGCCGCUAAGUCACUAGUCAGAUACCCCAUGUUCAAGGCGUUCAAUUCCACAGUCAUGGACCUAUUUCUCAAGUACGGUCUCCGAGAUCUGCCUACCGUCUUGUAUCCAGCCUCGAUACCUCCUGGUUCCCCUAUACCUGUCACUCUCACCACCACUAAACACCAAGAGGUGUUAAACUACACCCGCGCAGCCUUUCCUCCCAACCGUUCAACUCCUCUUUCCGAAUUCGUCCCAACUCAUAUUGCACAUCCCGAUAUUGGCGAUGCUGAUUGGCGCCACCCAAGAGAACCUUUCUAUCGUCCUGAAAUACCCUUGACGUUCCUCCAAUUGCCGCGUCUUCGCCCAUCCUGCUUUUGGUUAUACGGUGCAGACACUACUUUAAUGCCCGAGAAGUUCAAACGUGACGAUAGGACCAAUACAACAGGCAUUGGCAUUGGAGGCAGCGGUGGUGUUGCUCAAGGGCGCGUACGAGAGCAGGUGAUCCCAGGAGGAGGACAUUUUCUGCCUUUUGAACAGCCGCAAAGCUUGGCAGAAAAUGUUGUUGGGCCGUGGUUUAGUUCAGAAGUCGAGCGUUGGGAGGCAGACAUGAAAAUUGAACGUAAGGCUUGGGAAGAAGUGGACGUAGCGCAACGUAGCCAAGUCAGCGACGACUGGAUGCACUGGAUGAAGACACAUAACGACCCAAGGAAGGAGACUCGAGCGAUGAGAUUGAAGCUCUAG